GAGUCGGGCCGCGAAGCUGCUUCCGGGAGCGCCAUGGCCGCUGGCUCCGAGCCGGAAUGGAUAACCAUUGCCAAUGACCUUCUUUUUAAAUGUCACAUAAACCUAAGGAUACGAGAACUAGAAGAUUGUGACGCCAAUGUUUUUAUUGCUCUUUAUCAAUCCAUUUUGGGAGAAAAAGUACCAGACCUCAUUAUUAUUCCCAAGAGUCAAGAGGAUGAAGCUCACAAUGUGCAAGCAGUAAUUGAUUCCCUGGCCUUGGAUUACUUGCAGGUCAGCUUGUCUCACAUAACAGGAGAAAACAUAGUAAAAGGAGACAAAGACUCUAUUAAGAAUCUUCUAGAAAUCUUUGAUGGAUUGCUGGAAUAUCUUACAGAACGUAUCAGUGAAACAUCUCAUGAGAAAAGUGAAACUGAAGAGUAUUUUAAACAAUCUCAAGAAGGAGAAUUUUUGGAAGCAGAAGAAUGUAUUAGAGAUUCCAAAUCAUGGAAAAAAGUUUCUUUUGGGAGGUGUUCUACAACUUCUGAGCCAUUGGGACCUUGGGAAAGAGAUGAAGCAGAUUCUGCUGGUGAACUCAUUAGACUGGGGGAUACCGCACAUACCUUUUCUCUAAGAAGCAAUGGUGUUUUAGAUUCUGAUGAAAUGCAUUCUGAAACCUCAACUGUACCACAUUUUAAAUUACGUAAGGAAGUCUUGGAACCGCCCUCAUCCUCAACUUUGUCAAAGUCUAGGACAUCCCUUGUUGAAGACGAAACUCCUGUGGAUCUGAUGCUGAGUGCUCGAAAGCUAGGGGAACCCAUCCAAUCUGCUAUUCCUUUACACCCCCCUUAUCAGCCCUUGGAGCAGCGAGCACCUUACCCUAUAGGAAGAGACUAUCUGCGUUCAAGCCACUGCUUUCCUUCAACUUCAACUGGAGAGACCACUGCAGAAGCAGAUAAUAGCAGUUUCUUAACCUCCAAGUUGCCUGAGGAUAACAAACAGGAAAUACAUCCAAUCUUAGUUCAAAGCCCUAGGACGAGAAAACUGCCCAAAGGAAAAAGACAUGAAAAAAAUGCUGCAGCCUCGAACUGGGAUUCAUCUUUCUCUCAGAGACUAAGAAAGAGGUUGGCAGAGCAUGGAUUACAGUCGGUGUCAGAGAAACUCACCCAGCGGUUUACUGAACUAGAUUCGAUGUUAAAAAGUGCUCUGGGUGAUCGAGUUAUGAAGUCUGACUCUUAUGAAGAGAAUGUUCAAAUGGAAGACACACUGUCUCAGCACAGUGACAGCGUCAUGGAACGUGAGCUGAAGAGGCGACGGCCAGGACUUGCUGUGCGUAGAAAGCCACACUAUAGAUCUCAUUCACUCUCUCCAUCACCAGUACAUAAAAACAAACCAUUCCUUAUGGAGAAUAAGAGUCAGAAGCCUAAAGAAACUGAUAAGCGGAGAUUCCAGGCAAAGGUAAUGACUGAAGCAUUUGAAAAAGAAUUAAGAAGACAUAAAAUUCAAGAGAAUAUUGAACCUCCAGGAAUCAGUGACGAGGAGGAAACAAGGAAAAUAUACAGAGAAUCUGUUCAUAAAGGAACUCCAAAAUGCAGUCAGCCCUGGAAGAUGUAUUCUAGAAGAACCACAACUCAUAGCCCACGAGAUGGCUUGUCAAAGCCCAGCAAAGCAGUUCCAAUGAAAAUAAAUGAUCAAAAUCUCCUGCCCUUGAUGCUGGAGCAAUUUCCAUUUCUCUAUGUUUCUGGCCAAACUCUGAACAAAAUGUGGAAAAAGCAAAUCGCACAGAUUGAACAACUCAAAAAAGAUGCGUGUAGAGAAAAUCAAUCAAAGAAGAAACUUCAGGAUGAAAUUGAAGAGGCCUUAAGGAAGCAUGAACUCCUUACUGCACUUGUCAAGAAAGAAUACGAACAUAACAAGAGACUGCAAGACUUCAAGGACCGCAUUCACAGACAGAAAUAUACCCAAUCAAAGAUAAAAGAAAAUCGACAGCAGAUUGUUCGUGCCCGAAAAUAUUAUGAUGAAUAUAGAGUUCACUUACGUUCAAAAAUAAUGAGAAUGAGGACUCGGGAAGAAAUGAUAUUUAAGAAACUAUUUGAAGAAGGUUUACAAAUUCAGAAGCAGAGAUUACGAGACCUAAGAAACUAUGCCAAAGAAAAGCGAGAUGAACAAAAGAGACAGCACCAGAAUGAACUGGACUCAAUGGAGAACUACUAUAAAGACCAGUUUGCAUUGCUGGCAGAAGCUAUAUCACAGGAACAUCGAGAACUCAAAGCCAGGGAGAAAUCCCAGGCACAGACGUUAUGUAAGGUGAAGAGAGAGUUGAGGUCUAAGAUGGAGAAGGAAAUUCAAAAACUGCAGCACAUGGUAACAGAGAAUGACGACGAUGCUUUCUUUCGGGAAUUAGAAGCUGACCGCUUCAGAGCCCAGCUUCACCUGGCUUCCUUUCAGUUCAGUAAAAAUCCCUUAUGACUUCCUAAGUGGGACUUCUGAAGGAUUUCCCAGAGCAGAAACAGAAUUGAGCCAGUCAACUAAACCAGGAGAUGAAUUUCUAUGUCUAAUGUACUCAUUCUAUAAUAGUUUAUGAAUAAUGUUUUAAUUAAAAUUUU